UGGCUCAGCCCCUACCUGGUUCAUGCCCGCGUUGACGAAAAGCAAGCUGGGGUCGCCGCGGGGCCUCACGGAAGAGGAUGGCACCAGGCGGUGGCCAUGGCGGUCCCGAAAGAAGCUCAGGAAGGCGUCCCGCACGGCCGCGGCCUGGGUUGGAGGGGCCUCGGAUGAGAGCGCCCGACGGCUGGGGCCCCGCCAUUGCGGCGACCUUCGAAUGGCCCGCCGAAGUCGCCCGGCUGCAGCUGCCACCGACGCCGCCAUCUUAACUCGGGGCAGUGACUUCACGGGUCAAAGGGCAGUGCGGAGAUAGAAGGUUGGAUCCUGAAACUGCCGAUAUGCAACCACUUGUGACCCUCAAAAACAGCAAUUUCAAAACAGAAACGAAAACAAGAACAGAAAAACAUCAUGCUUAGACACGUAAACCCUACUUCUGCUAGUGGUGGCCGCGGAGUCCCAAGUUCCCCCGUCUCAUUCAGACCCAGCUCACGGCACGGAAGGAUCCCAGACUGCAGAGCAGCAAGGAGGGCCCUACAGCCCGAAAGAAGGUCGAGUUGAUUUCGGGGGCCCGGGAUCGGCCCCACUUCCUGCGUCAACCCUCUGUUCCCACGCGGGUCCGCGGUGACCUCCACGCCGUGCUUGGUUUGGGGGGCGCAGCCAAAAGAGGAGACGCCAGUGGGAGACCCUGGAGAAGCCCGUCUUGCCGGAUGGUGCUCGCCCUCCAGGUUGUACCAGCAGGCUUUUCCGGGAGCUUCAGGAGGUCUCGGGCUUCUGGACGCAUCGAGCACCCCAAACCCUCACCUCUGCUGCUGAACCCGGGCAGCCCAGCUGCGCACGUGGGAGGCUUCCGGGGCUCCGCCGCCCGGAGAACCCCUUAGGUGACUCCCGUGCCCUGCCAGACCUCGGCCAAGCGCAGGAAGCAUCUAAAACUUGCCCAAGGGAUGAAUGCAUAGUGGCCCGGGAGGCUUUACAUCUGCAGAGUAACGGAAGGUUUACGAGCCCGCGGUACGCAGGACACCUAGGAUGAGAGAGGGUUUCGGCUCUGCGAUCUACCCGCCUGCCCCACAAUCUCCGGACCAACACGUCUUGAUGUUUUGAAACCUGGUGAUGCAGGGAGGAAUUAGGCCAGAAUUUGAAUUGAGGGACUUAAACCAGACUUGGAGAAAAGCUUUGCCUGCACGAUUGAUUACAUGCUGGUUGCUUUUAAUAUUUAAAACCGACACAUGCAUAGCUGCGUCCAUGGACACUGGAAACUGUCCACGGGGCUGUCAUCUCCCCCCCAUCUACACAGCGAUCUGCAGCAGUGAGCUGGAGAAGGUUCAAGAGAAAGGAGACUCUGGCAUGACCAAAGGAGAGAGGAGAUACAGUACUAAACUCAAUGAUUUGCUGGAAUCUAAGGGAUGCUUUGCCAACAUAAUGUCCUCUGGCAGAAGUGUCAGCCCCUCAUCUUCUAUUGAAACAGGUCUAAGCGUCAGUGGGCCUUUCAGCCCCGGCAGAGGGUCUGUUCACCCAGACCCUGCUGCAGAUUUGGAUCUGAAAUCCUCCUCCUCACAUUCUGAUCAGUCCUCUGAAACCUCACUGCCUGAAGCCCGAAAAGAUAAAUAUCCCCAGGAAUUCAGCCUGCUUAAGUUGCAGACAAAAGAUGGGCAGCGUCCUGAGUGGACAUUUUACCCAAGGCUUAGCAGCAACAUCCACACCUACCAUGUUGGAAAGCAGUGUUUCUUUAACGGGGUCUUCCUCGGCAACAGGAGGUCCCUAUCAGAGAGGACGAUGGACAAGUGCUUUGGGAGGAAGAAAUAUGUUAUUGACCCCAGGAAUGGAAUCCCAAAGGUAACUCCAGGAGAUAAUCCAUAUAUGUAUCCAGAACAGAGUAAAGGCUUCCACAAAGCAGGAUCAACUCUCCCACCAGGGAAUUUUUCACUAAUGCCUUACGAAAAGAAAUUUGAUACAUUUAUUCCACUUGAGCCUCUUCCACAAAUUCCCAACUUGCCUUUCUGGGUGAAGGAGAAGGCCAACGAGCUGAAGAAUGAGAUAAGAGAAGUUGAAGAGCUUGACAGUUGGCAGCCAGCGGUCCCCUUGCUACAGAGUUUGCUACCUGCUGGUGGGUCAAAGAACCUUCAAAAAGUAGCAUAAAAACUGGAGGCAAACCCAGAAGAGCAGGCUUUUGAGAGGCUUCUCAAUGGAGACGAGAGAGGCAGAGAGCCUCUCCCAGAGUGGAUGGUGCCCUUUGCCCCGAGAUGGCCCUUGGGCAGAUGUCAUGGUCGUGUGUCACCGUGUGUGGUUGAGAACUGUUAGUCUUAUAAUGGAGCACAGCCUUUAACUCCAUGCCUCUAUCCACAGGUUCUUUGGACUUUCCAAGACAAUCUUGAACAGGAACAGGUCCAGGAAGCAGGCACUGACUGUCCUCUGGAGAGCCUUUUCCUGUUAAUUGAUUCUGUUAGUGCGACUGUUCUAAAUCAAAUGUUUGACUUGGAUGCAGAAUCACUGUGUUUUGCCUCUUUUAACUUUUUUUUUUUGGCUGCGCUGCACGGCUUGUGGGAUCUUAGUUCCCCGACCAGGGAUUGAACCCGGGCCCUCCGCAGUGAAAGUGCUGAGUCCUUACCACUGGACCGCCAGGGAAUUCCCUUAAGUUUAUAUUUUGAAAACUUUCAAACUGAUAGAAAAGUUGCGAGAAUCGUACAACAAACAGAUACCUACAUAUUCUUCACCUAGGGUCUACAACUAACAUUUGUCCACAUUCUCUUUUUCUCAUAUUAUUGCUAUUAUUA